UUUCUUCCUCCGGGAGAAAUAAAAAGGAUAAAGAAAAAACCUAGAAAACGCCAUUCUCGCAGUGUUUCCAUUUCUUCAAGGCUCGGUUUAGGGUUCGUGUUGAAAUUGGGGUUUCUAAUGGCGACGCCGACGUCGAUGGACCCGACGGUGCUGGACGACAUAAUCAGGCGGCUCACGGAGGUCCGGUUAGCGAGACCGGGGAAGCAGGUCCAGCUCUCUGAGGCUGAGAUCAAGCAGCUUUGCGCCACCGCCAGAGAUAUUUUCAUUCAGCAGCCCAAUCUGCUCGAGCUUGAGGCACCCAUCAAGAUUUGUGGUGACAUACAUGGGCAAUAUAGUGAUUUGCUGAGGCUGUUUGAAUAUGGUGGCUUUCCUCCAAGUGCCAAUUAUUUGUUUCUGGGGGACUAUGUGGACCGUGGCAAGCAGAGCCUUGAAACAAUAUGUCUGUUGCUUGCUUACAAGGUUAAAUACCCAGAGAACUUUUUUCUACUAAGGGGAAACCACGAGUGUGCUUCUAUCAACCGGAUAUAUGGAUUUUACGACGAAUGCAAGAGGAGGUUUAAUGUGAGAGUAUGGAAGGUUUUUACAGAUUGUUUUAAUUGGCUUCCUGUUGCGGCACUUGUAGACGACAAAAUAUUGUGCAUGCAUGGUGGCCUUUCACCAGACCUCAACCACCUGGACGAGAUUAGAAGCUUGCCUCGUCCAACUGCUAUACCAGACACAGGACUGCUCUGUGAUUUGCUCUGGUCUGAUCCCGGGAAAGAUGUUAAGGGAUGGGGAAUGAAUGACAGAGGUGUUUCAUACACCUUUGGACCAGAUAAGGUCUCUGAAUUUCUAACCAAACAUGAUCUAGACCUUGUAUGCCGUGCCCAUCAGGUCGUGGAGGAUGGCUAUGAAUUCUUUGCUGAUAGGCAGCUCGUGACGAUUUUUAGUGCCCCCAACUACUGUGGUGAAUUUGACAAUGCAGGUGCAAUGAUGAGCGUGGACGAGAACCUGAUGUGCUCGUUUCAGAUUCUGAAGCCGGCGGAAAAGAAGGCCAAAUUCAUGAUGCCGGCGAAAAUUUGACAGUUCAGUUCCCCUAUCCAACCAAGAACCCUUUUCUCUAUUGUUCAACAAUUUGGCUCAAACCGUUGAAGAUUGUGGCUUCUGCAGUCGGAACUCCUCUCGACAAGGGAUCGAGAAAUUGGGCAAAUGGCCGAAGAGGAGCAAACCCAUGUAUGUAGGCUUCUUGUGUGUAGGGUUGGAAAUGUAAGGGCGGAAGAGACAGUGUGUGCAUAAUGAUAUGAUGAAACUUUCAAACUUAGUGUG